CACCUUAUCCGACUUGACACCAAAACCUGAACACUUUCAACCUCUCAAGAAAACGUAACAUUCAGCUUUUGUAUUCCGACCAAAAAAAUUGAAAAAAAUGGCGACUGCGUCUCUAGUUCCGACAUCUAAAAUCUUUUCGUCCUCUACGAAAUGUCCAGCCUCGAAUAAAGUAAGGACUGGCGUAGCUGUUGCAUCGUUGCAACAACAACCAAGAAGAAGAGAGCUGCUGCUGAAAUCUGCGGUGGCUAUUCCGGCGAUUCUGCAGUUGAAAGAAGCUCCGAUAUCGGAGGCGCGUGAGGUGGAAGUUGGAUCAUUCUUACCUCCAUCUCCGUCUGAUCCUUCCUUCGUCCUCUUCAAAGCCAAACCUUCUGAUACUCCUGCUCUCCGCGCAGGAAAUGUUCAGCCCUAUCAGUUUGUUCUACCGCCAAACUGGAAACAGUUGCGAAUAGCCAACAUUUUGUCAGGUAAUUACUGCCAACCAAAAUGUGCAGAGCCAUGGAUCGAAGUGAAGUUUGAGAAUGAGAAGCAAGGCAAAGUUCAAGUAGUCGCAUCUCCUUUGAUCCGCUUAACCAACAAACCAAAUGCAACCAUUGAAGAUCUUGGUGAGCCCGAGAAAGUGAUUGCUUCUCUUGGUCCCUUUGUCACUGGAAACUCUUAUGACUCUGAUGAACUUGUUGACACUUCAAUCGAAAAGAUUGGAGAUCAAACGUACUACAAGUAUGUGUUGGAGACGCCAUUUGCUCUCACAGGAAGUCACAAUCUUGCAAAAGCGACAGCAAAAGGAAACACGGUGGUUCUGUUUGUUGUGAGUGCUACUGAAAAGCAAUGGCAGAGCUCACAGAAGACUCUUCAAGCCAUUCUUGAUUCUUUUCAACUGUAAAUCCUGAGUUACUGUCGAAUUCUGGACUCAAGAAACCAAAGAGCAAACGGUAUGUGUGAAGUGAGUGUCUGUGUGUAGUACAAUAAACUCGGAUUCUUUUCUACUGUAAGUUCGAGCUAUGACUCAAAAUUACAUAGUUUUUUACUAUUUCUUUUGCUUCGUGA